AUGAUUGAUAUUCUACACUUUGUCGCAAGCAAGUUACAACAAGGCGUCAGCAGCGCCUUCCAUUUGCUCACCAUAGGAUACUUUCAGUCACUAGAGAAGCAUUCCGUCACCACAGCCCAUUCAAUACCUCCCGAGAUGAAGAACAUUGUUAUUCUGGGUGGUUCAUACGCGGGAGUUAGCACCGCACAUCGCAUUCUUAAACAAGCAGCAAAGUCUCCCAAUGGAAUCAUGCCGUACAAAAUAACACUGAUAUCUCCGAAUACCGAUCUCUACUGGAAUAUGGCCUCGCCUCGAGCAAUCUUGCCUGGCCAGCUUACAGACGAUCAAAUCUUCCAACCUAUUUCAGCAGGCUUCAAGAAAUACCCUGCGUCUCAAUUCGAGUUCAUUCUUGGCUCCGCCACGAGCAUGGAUGUGACCAGGAAAACAGUCACCAUUUCCACCACAGGUGGCUUAUCUGAUGCUGAUGCUGAUGCCCUCAAGUCUAGAGUGUUGGAUUAUGACCAUCUUAUCUUGGCGACCGGCUCACGCGCAAGGAAUGACACACCACUAAAAGGCUUAGAGUCCACAGAGAAGACCAAGGCUGCGCUCCGUCACUUCCAGGGCCGGAUCGAGAAGGCAAAGGUCAUCGUUGUGGCUGGCGGAGGUGUCACAGGCGUCGAGGUUGCAGGUGAACUGGGGUUCCAGUAUGGUCGGACGAAAGAGAUUGUUUUGUUCGGUCUUCCUCUCAAAAACGCUGACAGCCCCCACUUCGACCACCACACAGAUCGCGAGCGGUACGAGGAUUUAGAAGAAAGUCCAGCAAGCGUGUCCCAUCUCGCCACUAAGGCUCUACAAGACCUCAACGUGAAGGUUAGAUUUCAAACACGAGUGACGUCCACUUCCUCGACGUCAAACGAUGGCAUUGACAAACCUGGACUUCCUCUCACCCUGACACUUUCCGACAACACCACUAUCCAGACAGACAUGUAUAUCCCAAGCUUCGGUUUGACACCCAACUCAAGCUACAUCCCAACCCAAUACCUAACUCCUGAUGGCUACGUCUUAAUUGACGAGUUCAUGAACGUCAAAGCCGACGGCGAGGCUGCGCUCCCGAAUGUCUGGGCACUCGGCGACGUGGCCGAUCUCGAAUACGCGCAGUUCGUCUCUUGCGAUAAACAGUCAGUCCAUCUGGCGAAGAAUAUGUUGCGCACAUUGAAGGAUGGUGGUGGCGGGAAGAAGGCGGAGCUUGUGCGGUAUAAAGCGUCGACCAAACGCUUCAUGGGUCUCCAAAUCGGUCGAAAAGCAGGCACGGGACAUUUCGGGACGAUCAGAAUACCGAGCUUCGUCAUCGUUUGGGCGCGCAAGAAUCUAUUUAUCGAGAAUCUGCGGCCUACUGUAGAUGGGUCGUUGUUCUAG